CAGCGCAGUAGAUUGCUCUUUAUUUAACUUAGAUAAUGAAAUAAAAUUUAUGUAAAUACUGUAAUCGACAAGAGUCUUCCUCAGUGAUCAGUAGUUGUCUUCUGAAAAGUGAUCAGUCAAGAUGAGUAAAACAGUUUCAUUUUUAGUCUUCAUUUCCAUGUUUUGUGCUGUCUUCUGUGACAUUAAUGAUUGUGGAUCAGUAAAUGGAGAAAUCGUUAGUGUAACAGUAGGCGGUUGCCAUCCUCCCGCUAGAUGUAUACUUAAACGAGGAACUAACGCUACAAUAGAAAUUUCAUUUAAAACAAAGGAAGACAUUGAUGAAUUGAAAGCAGUAGUCCAUGGAAUAGUUUUAAAUGUACCUCUACCAUUUGCUAUUCCGAAUUCAAAUGCUUGUGUAGAUUCUGGAAUAGAAUGUCCAAUGAAGAGUGGUCAAACGUACAAAUAUGUGGCAUCUCUGCCAGUAGAAAAUGAGUACCCCAAGGUUACUGUAGAUGUGAAAUGGGAAUUAAGGAGUAAAGAUGAUAAGGAUGUAGUUUGUGCUUUGAUACCUGCAAAAGUUGCAUAAGGUUAUAUAUUAAUGUUUUAAUUUAAGUAAAAAGGAAAUAUAAGUAAUGAAUUUUAUAA